GUUGAAAAGCAAUCACUUGUGAUGACAGCAAAAGAAUCAAUCUUACCAAAACCAAAAACCCCAACUCACUUUUCUUUUCUUCCAACAAAAACGAGUAAAUAUGCAAUUCUUUUCAUCUUUAUUAUGACCAACUAAAACCAGAAAGAAAAUUAAACGAUAUAUUUUUAUUUGUUGAUAAAGAUAGUGUUGGAGGCUUGAAAAAGGGUGGAAGGGAUAAAAAAGGGGUUUCUUUUUCUAUUGUGACUUCUUGAAAAACAAGAUUGGACAUCGUGGGUUUUGCAGUUUUUGUGUAGAAAAAAAAAGACAUAUAUUUCAUCUUGUCAUUUAUAAAGCAGUUUUCUUGAUAAAAAUACUUUCUGAAAAUACAUAAACCCAAAGAAGAGGGGGGAUGGAGAUGAUUAAUUAUCAGCUUGAAAUGAGUUCUUAUCAAGAUUCUUUAAAAGUUCUUGAGGCUGAUAUUCAGCAUGCCAAUACUCUGGCUGCUGCAAUUCCAAGAGAGAAGGGAGGAGCGCGUCUUCAAAUGAAACUGGCAUACAAUGGAUUAGCUCCUGUGUUUCUGUUUUUGCUCCGUUGGAUAGAUAGUUCGUGCACAUGCUUGCUUCCCGGUUAUCUAAAUCUCUUUCAUGUCCUCAUUUACAAGGUACACACAGAUGGGAGACCAAAGAUAUCCAGACAUGGAAGGAGAGCAACUAUUAGUGACUUUUAUGGUGUUAUACUUCCAUCACUACAGCAGCUACAUUCUAAUUUGGUGGAGCUGGACAGUAGUAAAGUUGUAAAUCAUGGCAUAGCAAGUUCUCAGAAGAAAGUGAAAGGAGACUCUAAAUUUGCCAACUUCGAAGAUGAGAGAGAAGAUGAAUGCGGAAUAUGCUUAGAGCCUUGUAACAAAAUGGUCCUACCGAAUUGCUGCCAUUCGAUGUGCAUUAAUUGCUAUCGUGAUUGGAAUACAAGAUCAGAGUCCUGCCCCUUUUGCCGUGGUAAUUUGAAGAGAGUUAAGUCUAGAGACUUGUGGAUCCUCACCUGCAAUGAAGAAGUUGUUGAUCCAGAGACUGUUUCCAAAGAGGAUUUAGUGCGUUUCUAUCUAUAUGUUAACAGCCUGCCUAAGGAUUCUCCUGAUGCGCUGUUCUUGAUGUAUUAUGAAUACCUAAUAUGACAUUAAGCAUUUGAGAUAAGUAGUGUACAGAUAGAGAAAGAAAACCUUCAAAUGUACAUAAAUUCUGGUGGGAGUAAUUCUCCUAAAUUUCAUAGAGAAAUAACCACCUCCAUUAUUGUCUUUGUCUUGGCGUUUAAGCCAGCCUCAUGAUCAAUAAAAUUCUCCAAAAUUAUGUCCCA